UAGCAAAAGACAUACGAACAAAUGUCGGAUAUUGAAAUACACCAUGUGGCCAAUGAGGCGUCAGCGCCACAGGAAGACGAAGAUGUGGAGCAAGGAGAAAGCAGAAAAGGUUCAGAAGUGCCCAAACCGAGCGCAAAACUCAAAUCAAAAACGAAUUUCUGCUGCAUAGCCAAAGAGUACUACAGCGACUACACAAACCUGGUUGAUUCGCUGCACAUAAUGCCGCGACUGAUGAUACACCAGCGGGGCUUCAAGAUUAACAACACCUACGGACUGACGCUGAAUAUAAGGAACAGUGGAUUGUACCCCCGCUUGAUCCGUGUGAGCACUGACAGCCGCGUGGACACUUCCAUUUCCAUAGUCGAAGCGGAUUUGCAUCGCUAUCUGGCAACCGAUCAGCUGCUGGAGGUGAAAAUCUGGAUACGUGCCAAAAGCUGGCGUGAUAUCAAUCGCAGGCGGCACAUUUACAUCGAGUCUUACCACCCAAAUAUCAUCUUUCAAGUGCCGAUUAUAGUGCUGCACAAGCUGGAGGAGCCUUCGUUGUGUGAAUUUAUAAGCCUGCCACGCUGCGUGCCAAACAAUAAGUCCUACUAUGAGAUGAUCAUCUACAAUCCCACAGAGGAACGCAUUCGCAUGCGCUUCAGAAACACCAAUCGCGGACUCACUUUGAACACUUUGAACAAGGAUCUGCUGCCGCCCAAGGACUACAUCAAAGUGCUGCUGGUAUUCCAUGCGGAGAAGCUGCAGUCGCUGAAAGGCUUCUUCAACAUCAAGUUCGGUGUGAUGGCACCCAAAAUGAUCAUUUUCGAUUUCCUCGCCAAGUCCAUGGGCGUGCAUCUAAGCGGCGGCACCGUGCCCUUUGGCCUGACCAAGUUCUCGCGCGAGGAGCGACGCACCGUGACCGUGUGCAAUGAGUCGUCGCAUGAGGUCAUGAUGUCAGGCACCUUCGACAGCGAUCAGCGUGACGUGGAGUCCGCCACGCACAGCGUUGCAUCACAUUUCUCGAACAAACUGAUCGACGAGGCCGUCAGCAUGCACAGCGUGCUGAUCUACGACUUUGAGGAGGAUUCCAACAUUCAAAAUGUCAACUACAAUGCGACGGCCCCCAAGCACUUUGGCUUCGUUGUGCCACACUCGAUACCGGCUUUGUCCGCAGCCGAGAUUGUCAUCAACUUUAGGCCGCUGUAUGACAGCAAUGAACCCUUCUCGGACGAUGCGGAGCCGCCGUACUUUCAGCGCACGCGCCUUAUCUUUUGCUUUACGGAUGCCGAAGAGUGCAUGGAGUCGCAUUUUGUGGUUGUCUCGGGCGAGAUAAGCGGCAUUGAGGUGGAGCUGUAUCCGAAAGUGAUUGAUUUUCGCAAGAUUUACCUCGGGGAGGAGCAUUGCGCGCAGAUAAAGAUACUCAAUGUGGAUGCUGUGCCCGCCAAAGUGGCGUACAAGGACACCCUGGAGAAGGACCUGGGCGGCGUGCGAGUGUCGCCCAUUGAGGGUCUCCUGCUGGAGCCCUGCUGCCGUGGCGCCUUUAGUCUUUCCUUCUACACGGUGCAUCCCUCACGUUUUACCAUCACGCUGCGCUUUAAGGUGGUCAAUGGAGCGCAUCACAAGGUGCACAUUAAAGGCACUGGCCAGCAUGUGCAGCUGCGCACGUUCCCACAGCUCGUGGAAUUCGGCAGCAUACCCAUGGCUGUGCCGCAAAAGCGUUAUAUGCUGCUCAUGAACCCCCUGGCAGUGCCCAUAACGCUGCAGGUGACGCCCAGCGAUGAUGGGGCGGAGCAGCCGCUGGUGCUGAACAUACGCGACUCCACGGAAAUGCUGCCCAUCACGGUCCGGGACCCCAUUAAGCACUUGCAGCGCGCACACGAGGACAUGCGCAACGAUUCGCUGGAGUUGACGGACAUCAAGCUGACGAGCCUCGUGCCGGAUAUGCUGUCACUGAAGUCGCUGCACAUUAAUGAGUCUGCGUACAGCAUGGAGUUCGAGGAGGAUGUGAUGGAACCCGUGCCGCUGCUGGCCACUCAUAUGCUGACCAACCUCAAGCGGCAAAAGAUUUUCGACAAAACGGAGACGGACAAGCGGGUGAUCCAAGAGGCGCUGCAUGGACUGCUCAGCACCAAAUACUUUUCCAUCUUCACCAAGCACAACAAUUUCAUAUUCAUGGACUGGAAUGCGUUGCCCAGCGAUCCACGGGAGGUUUACUGCGACAAUGAGAUCAUUUAUCUGCGACCCAACACGGGGCGCACCAUAACCAUUCUGCUCAUACCGAAUCAAGUGGGUUACUUCCAUCGCUCGCUCACCGUGCGCAUCUGUCCCUCGGUGCUGUCCAAUUCGGGUUCCAGCGAGAAUCUGCAGAGCGUUAAGACGCUCAUCAAGUCGGAUUUUCUGUGCUCCAAGCUGUGGUUUGAGUAUAAUUGUGUGACGCCCGAGAUUGAGUGGAGCCAUCUGGUGGAUCUCUCGUCUUGGAUUGUCUACGCGGGCGAGGAGUACGAAUUCGACAUGUCCUUCUACAACAGAUCCAACACGGGUGGUUUUCUGCACUUUGAUGUUAUUCCAAAUGAAAUGAGUUUUCGCGAUGGCACCUGGAAAUUCUACAUUGGCUCGGGCUCACGCAUCAUUGCCAAGUGUGCGGUCAGCUUUCGCUCGCUGGGCAACACACGGCUCACGGGUCUGAUCAAAAUUGUGGGCGCCUCGCGGCCUUAUGCCUUUCAUUUGUUUGCCAAUGUGCUGCCCACGGAGAUAAGGAUAACGCCCAACUAUGUGCAGCGACGACUGCAGACGUACGAGCUGCACAAGGUGCACUUUUACAUAGACAAUUGCUCGCCGACGAAUACCAAGCUGACAAUGAAGCUGCAGGACACCACGUUCCAAUAUUUGACAACGAGAGGCGGUGUGUUGGCCUCCACUGGGCAGAGCAUGUACACCACCCUGGUUGCGAUAUUCCCCGAUCCAGAUCUCUAUCAGAACAUACUCUAUGUGGACCUGCAGUUCGAUCAUGUCAUGGAGAUACCCAUCACAUUCCUCGUUGAGGGUGUGCCGCUGUACUUUGAGCCAAACAUCAGGCAGGGCUUCGAUGCGGGUCAGCUCUACACGGACACCAAGGAGCAGUUCCAGCAGAACGUCUACAAUCAUCGCUUUCCCGUGAAGGUUAUUAACAAAGGCUUCCGCACAUAUCGGAUCACCGUCACGCGCCUGAAGACCUACGCCCAGGCCAAGGGCCGUUACUCGCCCUGCGCCUCACAGGCACUGACCGCGCGCUUUGACAUCACGCCCAAGCAUUUGUACCUGCCGUCUGGCUGCGAGGAGCGACUCGAGAUACUCAUCAGCUCGUGGCAGGAGGGCGUGGUGCUGAGCGACUUUCUGCUGCAGGUCACCGACCAGAAGUAUCCGCAGCGCAAGUACACCAUCAAGGUGACGGCCAAGGCAGAGUUCGUCGAGUGCCAGCUGGUCUGGAGCCGCAAGCAGCUCCUCUUCGAGUACCAAAGCUGCGAGCCGCUGAAGCAACGCUCCAACAUACACACCCCCGAGCUAAUCAACAAGCACGCGCUGCCCAUUGCUGAGGUGCGGCUGCAGGUCUGCGGUCCCUUCCGCAUCAAGGGGCUCUACGAGGACACGUUCGAGAAGGAGAUCCUGGUGCCCAUUGAGGCGCUGCAGCACAAGGAUAUCUUUGUCAUACUCAACCGCGGGGCCAUGAAGCAGUUUUACUGCAAGCAGCUGGAGGGUCGCAUCAGCGUCUGGGCUUUGGGGCGUCAGCUGAAUCCGCUCGCGCUGAAGGUCACUGUCCAGGUGCCCGAUGUGCUUAUACUCCAGCCCGAGCUGGUGGUCUUUGAUCGCGGCGCGCCCUUUGACUGCAGCGUGAGUCUCGUCAAUCAGGGCUGCCUGCGUGCCGAGUUCAAGUGGAAGCGCCUGGAGACCGCCGAGCAGUUUGUGGGCGACAACGAUGAUCCGCAAGAUCUGGUGGCUGACUUCCUGUCGGAGUUGCUGCGCAUGCUUGAGUAUAAUUUUAGCUGCGAGGAUGAGCCCAAUAUGACGCUGCGCUAUCAGCAGUGUCGCUGUCAGUUUAGUCAGCAGUCGGACACGGCAGAACUUGUACUGGAGCUACUAGAUGAGUUGGUCAACGACUUGGACCUCAGCCACCGCCCUUUGGUGUACCCCCGGGAGGUGCAAUCCAGCGAAGACUCCGCCCUGGAGCUGCACAGCACUUCGAGCUUUGUGCGUGCCACAAUCCACGAUUUGCUCGAGCGACUCAAUGUCGAGUCCAGCGAGCAGCUGUCGCCGGCCUCCUCGGAGUACUGUUUUGCGGAGCGUUUCAUUUACUUCCAUGAGAAGCAGGGCGUGGUGGAGCUGCCCGAUGUGCAGCCGGAGCAUCAGUGUGUGUUGCAUGUACCCCACAUACGCCGCUCCCAUGAGUUGCGCGCAACCUUUCAGCUCACAGUGGUGGGCGGACGCAGUCAGUGUCUGUCCGUGACGUUGGUAAAUCUGACACAGAAGAUUAAGUUUCACAAGGAGAGCGUUUACCUGGGGAUUAAGCCUUGGUACGAGCAAUUCAAUGCUGUGCUGCGAGUCGAAAAUGUGACCAAAUAUCAGCUGCAACUGUUGGUCGUGGAGCUAACACCAGUGCAUUCCGCGGAGAAGCGACUCAUUGAGGGCUACAGCACGCUCGUCAGCAGCGAUUUGAUUCACUUGGAGCCGCUAGCCAGCGACCAGCUACGGCUCAAGGGCGUACUCGGCUUCAGUGAGAGUUUCUGCCACACCUUUGGGGUGCUAAUCAAUGGCAGUGCCUCGAGUCACUUCUGGCUGCGUGGCCAGGGCGUGAUGCCCAUGCUGAACGCAGACUCGAAGCUGCCAGCGGACCAUCAGGAUGAGCUGGAUAUCGUGGAGGAAUAUCGCCUGCUGCAGCGCAUUUACUACUACGAAAUGUUCAAAAGCAUCACCGAGACAGAUGCGGAGUUUUCUGCUGCCGCUGGCGAGGAGGAGGGCUUUCAGGAGGAUGCCAUAACCGAAGAUUUCAGUCAGCUGUCGGAGAGCGAGGAGGAAAUGUCCAGUGUGCGACAGCGGCAGCACGACACGCAGCUGUUUAAAAUGGUGCAAACCUACGUGCUGGUAAACAACAAUCAGGAGCUGCCACAUGCCACCAUCCUCAAGCAGCUGCUGCUGGGCGUACGCUACCGCAAACGCCUAAGGGACAACGGGGAGCUGUAUGCCAAGCACCAGCAGGUCUAUCAGCGCCAUCAGCAAUUGCACAAGGCAGGCAGCUACAAGCUGCCGCCGAAUGCCAAGUACUUUACGGUGCAGCCCAUACCUUGCCAGCAGCAGGGCCACAUCCUCGACCUUGGACAGCUGAAACGGAACACGCUGCGCCGCUUCGAGCUGCAGCUGCACUUCAGCGGCCCCGGCAAGCUAAUAGCAGCCGCACGUACGGCUGUACGCAUUCCCGGACUGUUUGUUGACUUUAGCAUCAGCCCGGACCAGCACGCUGAUAAGAAAUUAUCUUUCUGGUCUGAGCAGUGCACCACGCUGGAGUACUUCAAGAAGAAAUAUCGUAAUAUGCUGGAGCGACUGGCGGAUGCCCAGGACCCCACACUGAAGCAUUCGCACUCCUUCGAUCUGGAUCGUCUGCUGAAACAUCAGCGCACGCUGACGGGCAAGGAUCGCCACUUGAUGGAGGAGUACUACAACAGUCUCAAUCCGUCGGUCUAUGCCGAUCACAAGCAUCACUUCACGCUGGCCAAAGUGUACUCGGGCAGUCAGUCGAACUACUCCGGGGUGGAUGUGCGCAUUGUUGGUUACUUUAAGCCCGAGACGCGUUACUACGAAAAGGAUCAGUUUGUGGAGGAUUACAUAUACAUCGAUCUUCACAUGGGACCCACUCUGCCCAUACUGCUGCUGGGCUCCAUCGAGGCUUGACUUGUGGGUUAUAACAAUUUAUAUAUUGAUUUUAUGUGCAGUAAAUAAAGCGCUCAACAGUA